AUGACUUUUACCAGCCAUCUAAAGAAAGCCUUGGAUGAUAAGAAGAUAGAGACUUUCAUAGAUGACGAUCUUGAGCGGGGAGAAGAAAUCACACCUGCCCUACUAAAAGCAAUUGAGAGAUCCAUGAUUUCCGUGAUCAUUUUCUCGGAAAACUAUGCUUCUUCUCGAUGGUGUUUGGAUGAACUUGUGCAUAUACUGGAAUGCAGGGAAAAAUAUGGACAGCAUGUGUUACCCAUCUUUUAUGAAACAGUUGUAUCAGAUAUACGACGCCAGAGCGGGACUUAUGAACUUGAAGAACGUUUCAAAGAGAGGAAAACUGAGUCUGAGCGUCUCAAGUGGAAGGUUGCUUUGACCAAACCGCUAAAUUAUCUGGGAUUGAAUCAAAUACAACCAGGGGACAAAAGUCUAGAUAUCCAGGGUGAAAGUAUAUACCACAAUACUAGAGUAAAACUUGGCCGUAAAAAGGUCCUCGUCGUUCUUGACGAUGUGGAUGAUUCGAGGCAGCUGGAAAUUUUAGUUGGACAUCAUCAUGUUCCGUUUGGCUCAGGAAGUAGAAUCAUGAUAACAACUAGAGAUAAAAGGCUACUUGAUGAAGUGAUGGGAGGUGGUAACUAUAAUACCGUGAUUUACGAGGUCAAGAAAUUAGAUGAUGUUGAAGCUCGUCAGCUCCUCCAGUUGAAGGCCCCUAGAGAUAUCCCUUUCGCAGCAUGCUCUACUGAAGUUUUAACAAAAGUGGUCAAGUAUGCUGAAGGAGUUCCAUUAGCCCUUCGAACUUUGCGUCCUUUAUUCUAUAAAGGCACACUGAACGAAAUGCAAAAGAUUUCCAGAAAGCAAAUAGAAGAUGCUAAAGGACUUUUGGAUGGCUGUAGUUCAGAUGUGAGUCGUGAUAUUAGUGCUCUCGUCGAAAUGUCUCUCAUAGAACUAAGAAACAGUAAGUUAUGGAUGCAUGAUGUGAUACAAGAAAUGGGUCGUGAGAUUGUCCGCCAAGAAUGUCCUGCAGAAGCAGGUGAACGCUCUAGGUUGUAUGCUUUUGAGGAUGUCUACCAUGGAACUGCAAAAGUUCAGGCCUUUUGCAGUUUUGCCCAAGGGAGUUUAAUUCCAACUUCACGUCUGCAAAGCGAGAGCUAA